AUGGCGGUUGUUAGUCGUCGCUACGUGAGGUUGAGUUUUGAUGAUACUCCUUAUAUUCCUAAUUUUACUCGUCAUGAUGGUAUCAAAUUUAUAGUCUUUCAUGUACGCUUAAGCCACACAAUCAUCGACUACUCUGAGAAUUUAUUAUUACCAACUACCACUACUACUAAGACACAUUACCUUGACCAAAGAAGCUUCUUGAUAAUGCAUGACACCCUCACUCAAAUCGUUCUCAUGGGGUCGAAUUUAGAGCUCCCCUUGAUCGAUCUCGCUACCCCCCACAUAUCAACUUUUGCGUUGCGCAAUUUAGAAGCCAACCCCAACUCCCUCUAUGUCGCUGUAUCUAUCAAUAUCCAUACCAUAACUGCACGCUUUCCUACUCCUCUUCAGCAACAGCAGCAAGACGAGGAUGUACUUGACCGUAGCUUCAGAGAGGCGCUUGACACUGUUCAGACUGUCCCUGCCACGCAAGACUCCAUUCGCGCCCUUCAAGACUUAAGCGAUGAUGACGACGGUUUGAGUAGCGAGACUUGCAGUAUCUGUUUGGAGAAGAUUUCAUCUUUUGGUGAUUGUAGAAGCAAAGGGGUAGAGAUGCCUUGUUCUCAUGUGUUUCACAAGGAUUGCAUUGUUCAAUGGCUCGAAAUUAGCCACUUGUGCCCUUUGUGCCGCUACCCAAUGCCUACCACCACUUCUUCUUCAUCUUGAUCAAUGAUGAUACUGUUAAAUUUACUCCAACUUUACAGAUUAAUUAUCAACUUCCUGUAAUUUUCUGUUUUAUAUAUAUUCAGCAAACUGUAACUUUGUUUUGAGUUGUAA